CUCCGUCCUAUGCAUUGCAGUAAGAUGAGAUAAGGGAUGAUAUUAAAGUCAUAUAAAAGCCAGAAGAAACAACUAUAAAAAUGUAACUUUGUAUGACUUGUAUCGUAAUAAUAUUGUUUCGUGUUUUUCUUUAUUAUAUUAUUAAUCUGUCCUGAUACAACUACAAUUAUAAAACGCAUGCAUGUUGCCUAGUUAUCUUUUUGUGCAUUUUAUUAAAUGUCUAUAUUAUUAUAUGUGGUAUUCUUUGCCUUUUGAAUAUCUGGUCAACAUGUGGAGGCAAAAGCUCGAGACUGUCCAGCCUUUGACACGCGUUAUCACUUAAGGAAAUGUAACCAAGGUUAUAUUAUUAUUGUUCGUUUUAUUUUCAAUUGUAAUACUAUAGUUUGACAGCAAAUAAUAAUAAAUAAACGUAUGGUUAUGCUUUACUACCAAUAAAAACCAAAAUCCCGUGGUUAGGGGAUUGUGUGAAAAUAAAAGCCUAGAAAUCUCCAAAACAUACGCAAAAACAAAAACGUAGUGACAGCUCUCUUAACCAACCAAACAAACAACAAAAUAAUUAUAUUUUCAUAAGAAACUAUUCACCUAUUAUAUAAUUCCCAUUGAAGAGAGGGUGUGGAUGUAGCUUCACAAAGCAGGCCAUAAUCAACUGUACACCGGACAAGAAUGAAUGGCGUGUAUUGGCUUAAGACCAAACAGUCUCAAUGAGACAGGGACACAUAUUGGUGAGAAGUAACCAAAAUGAAUAAAAGUGAAUUAUUGCGAGUUUUUUGUUUUUGGGAUCGAUAUUCCUUGUUUUCAGUUAGGCUACGUUUGUCAAAAAGUCAUGGAAACUUUGGCUCCUGAUGCCCUGCUAAUAAUGACUUGUGCCUGUGUGGUAAGAAGUGGGAGGGGCUUCGGAGAAACUUUUGUAGCUUUUGAGGCGUGCACUUUAUUGAUUCUUGUCUAAAAUUGAGAGUGAAGGUGAAUCUGCGCGAGCUGCUCGCAUAAUGGUGCUUUCCGGGACGUGCGAUGAUUUUUCCUGAAGAUUUUUCGUGAUUGAGGCAAUUCAAGGCUCCUCUUUUUCAUCUGUUAUUUGGGAAGAAGAAUGGAUUGCCCGUGCGCGCGCUCCCAUCAUGACAAGAACAGAGCGGAGAGCGCGCGCGACAGACAGAAUAUCACCGUUUCAAUAGCAAUGUUGUUUUUGGGAACGCUUCUUCCGUGCGCGCUCGCGGCACACUUGGCCGUCAUAUCCCCCCAGGAUACGGUGCUUCGCAUUGGCUCGAGUUUGACAGCGGUGUGCACGGUUAGCGCCGAGCUGGAAAUAACAGCUAGAUCUUUGUACUGGACGCUGAACGGGAGACGCUUAGCUAGAAACACGUACAGGGUGCUGAGCCCGACCGAAUCGAGGGUCACGCUACAUCAACUCAAUGGUUCAUUGCAGCAGUCGGGGGACAACCUGGUUUGUCACCGUGGAAAUGGAGAAGUUUUGGCUGGAUCUUGCAUUUAUGUUGGUUUGCCUCCAGAGAGACCCGUCAACCUGACAUGCUGGUCACGAAACACAAAGGACCUCAGCUGCAGAUGGACUCCAGGGAGUCGAGAAGAGACGUUCAUCAAUACCAAAUACAUCCUCAAGUACAAACUAAAGUGGUACGGCAAAGAAAAGGAUUGCGAGGAAAACACGGGGCAGCCGUAUACGUGUUACAUUCCAAGAGAUUUGGCCAUUUUUACACCAUAUGAGAUCUGGGUGGAAGCGUCCAAUCAGCUUGGCUCUGCUACAUCUGAUGUCACCACUUUGGACAUAUUAGACGUGGUAACUACAGAUCCACCCUCUGAUGUUUACGUGAGUCGUGUUGGAGAUCUGGAGGACCAGUUAAGUGUUCGUUGGGAAAGUCCUCCUGCCCUCAAAGAUUACCUGUUUCAAUCCAAGUACCAGAUACGGUAUCGUCUGGAAGAGAGCGAAGAAUGGAAGGUGAUAGAUGAUGCUGGGAACCAGACUUCUUGCCGUUUAGCUGGUCUUAGGGCCGGCACUGUAUAUUUCGUGCAGGUGCGCUGCAGCCCGGUCGGUAUCUACGGCUCAAGGAAGGCCGGCAUCUGGAGCGACUGGAGUCACUCUACGGCCGCGUCCACACCUGGCAUCGACAGAUUAAAUAGUGGUUCCUGCGAUCUGAAGCCCAGUGAGCCGAACUCAACGCUAAGAAAGGAGCUCAAGCAGUUUUUCGGCUGGAUGCGGAAACACUCCUACGGUUGCACGGACGUUAGCAUCAAACUCUACGACCAGUGGCGUGUCUGGCUACAGAAAGCCCAAAAAACGCACGACCAGGUUGGUACUACAAAACGGUAAAUCAUAGUGAAACUCUGAAAGGCUCCUGAUGACAUGGAUUUUAUCACUCUCCUGUGCUCGGGAUAUUUCUUUUGGAAGACUUUCUGAAGGAACCCACAAGCAACCCGCAGUUUGGAGACAUGAUCUACUAUUCUCCUCCUGCUGUAGACUCCAACAAAACAGCAGAGGAAGUGCUUUUGUCUCAGAUGUAUUAUUUAUAAGGGCAUUAAAAUACAAAGAAAUAGACUUGGUGUUGUGAGCGCAUAAAAUCUAACCUUAAAAGAGAUUUUUUGCAUAAUUGGGAGCUUUGUGAAGAUUCAUGCAGGCCUACUCUGGAGCAAACACUCGCUGUUGACUUAACAUCCGAAAUAAGGAGCAUCGCUUAAAUAACUUGCUGAAGCUCCAGGAUAUACUGCUUGUAGAUUAUUUUGGAAAAAAAGUGAACUAUGGUCGUGAUUAUGUACAUUGUAAAAUAAGAAAUAACAUUUUAUCUUGCAUAUGUGGCUUAUUGAGUCACUGAUACUAAGAAAUCGCUAUUAUUUUUGGAUCUCUUAAAUGAAUUUGAAUUCUAUUAAAUGUUGACCCAACUAUCCUAACAGCUGUCCAAAUUAAUAAUUUUUAUAUUAAAAAUUCUACUUAUUUGAUAACAUUUUGCUAUUUCCCAGCAUGCAUUGCAACAUGAAUCAAUGAUGCAGUUUAUAUUACUGUUAAAAUAUUACUGCAAUCGACAAUAUAAAACUAUUGCACAUAUGUCUUUAAUCUGCAAAACAAUAUGUCCUUU